AUGGCUACGGAAACGAUUGAACUGCGGACCAUCGAUAGAGGCGUGCUAAUCAAUGUCGAUCAUGGAUAUGAACCACAAAACAAGGAACCAGAGCCUCAAGUAACCCCUGCCGAGUUCUCGCUGCCGCCAGUGGACACAGGGAGGGAGGCCUGGUUGUUUUUGACAGCAUGCUGGUUUGUCGAGGCUUUUACCUUUGGCUUUGGGUUUUCAUUUGGUGUCUUUCAAGACUAUUACAGUAGUCAUUCCCCAUUUGCGGGGUCUGGCAAUAUUGCCGUGAUCGGAACCACUACAUCAGGCAUCUUGUACCUUGGAACGCCGUUUGUUGUUGCCAUUUGCCGCCUAUAUCCACGAUGGGCUCGAUGGUCAACGUUAGCCGGCCUCUUUGCCACCUCGUUGUCCAUGGCCAUGAGCUCAUUCUGUACCAGCGUGCCUCAGCUCAUCGGGACCCAAGGUGUCAUCUUUGGGAUCGGCGGCUGUGUGGCCUACUGUCCGAGCACCCUGUACAUUGACGAGUGGUUCGCGAGACGCAAGGGCAUGGCAUACGGCAUCGUCUGGAGCGCCGCUGGAGUGGGCGGCGUGGUCCUGCCUCUAAUCUUUGAAAUCCUUUUGGACCGUUAUGGUUUCCGAACAGCCAUGCGAAUCUGGUCCGCCGUCAUGUUUGCUGGAUCCGCCCCGCUGGCUUGGUUCAUUAAACCCAGACUGCCAUACUCGGCAACCAUUAACAACAAGAGAUCUUUCAACAUGAGAUUUGUCAUAUCCAGGCGGUUCAUGUUUCACCAACUUGUGAACGUUAUACAGGCUACCGGCUACUUCCUCCCGGGCAUCUUCUUACCGAUAUAUGCUCGUAUGCAUUUCGGCACCUCGAGCUUCCUUUCCACCUUGACAGUUAUGCUAAUGAACAUUGCCGUGACCAUGGGUCUGGUAAUUAUGGGUUUACUAAGUGAUCGACUACGCCCCACUACUUGUAUGCUUAUCUCCGCGGUGGGUGCGGCUGUAUCGGUUCUGCUGGUCUGGGGUUUCUCGGCAACACUGCCUGCCUUGUAUGUGUUCUGCGUUCUGUAUGGCUUAUUUGCUGGAGGCUGGGCGGCUAUCUGGCCAGGGAUUAUGAAGGAGGUCUCCCAGAGAGGCGAAGCGGAUGGGUACGGCUUGACCGACCCAGUCAUGGUCCACGGACACUUGUGCGUGGGUCGUGGAGUUGGUAAUGUCGUUUCUGGACCUCUAAGCGACGUCCUUGUUCGAGGCAUGCCGUGGAAGGGAAAGUCUAUCGCCGGGUACGGAAGCGGCUUCGGCGUAUUGAUCCUGUACAUUGGAUUUACAGGCCUCGUCAGCGGCAUGAAUUACCUGUGGCAGGCACUAAACCUACUCUAA